UAGCCUAAAUUUUAUUGCAAACAUUGGCAACAGCAACACCUUUGAGUACAUUGUGAAUAUUGUGUAUAUUGACCUACUGUACAGUAAUUAUUAUCAAUAAUGACACGUAAAACAUUAUUGAAAUAGUAGUAAACCGGCAGUCAACAAACGCUUAACUAAUUUUGUAAAUUUAAAUUUAAAAUUUAUUUUUUUUUUAAUGCACCUGACAAAUUUUAUUUAUUACGACGUGUAAAUUGCUACCAUAUUUUUACCUGAUAAUUAAAUUAAUCUACAUAUGAUGUAUUUCAAAGUUAUGUGAAUAAUUUAAAUAUUAUUUCAAGUGGGUCAAAGAUUACUUUUUUUUUUUUUUUUUUAUUGUUUAAGUACUUGCAGGCACAAUGAGUCAGUUUCAAAACACACAGAUGAUAACAGUUGCUCUGGGAGCAACAAUUGGAGUAAUUGGUGCCGCUAGUUUAUUUAUUUACCAAAAAAUAAUGGAACACAGAGAACGCGAGCAAAUGUUGAAUAAUUUAGAAAAUGUUAAUCGCAGAGUUUCCGAAUUACAAGAAGCAUUAGAUAAUUUGAGAGCACAGCAAGAAAAACUUCGAGUUAAAAAAUCUAAAAAUUCAAGGAAAAGAAAGACAUCAGCAAAUAGUUUUUACACAACAACAAAUGAAACAGACAUUGAGAACGAUGGAGUAUCAGUUACUGAAACAGACGUCGAUGAUGAAUUUUAUGACUGUUCUGAUGAUGAAGUAGCCAAUGAAGAGCUCGAAAAUGGGACAGCAGGAGUAAUGCUGCCAUUGUUCGAUAAACUGCUCGGGCUGGAUAUGAAAUUUGAACUGGAAAUAUUUUACGAUGAGGUACUAGAGGAAUUGCGUUCGCUGGCACUUUGGCAUGAUGACAAUAUUGAAGUCGCUUGGAGACUGGCAAGGGCUUAUUUUAAAAAUGCUUCUUUACUUACUGAUACUAAAGAACAAGAUGUUAUAUUACAAGAAGGUAUUAAAUCUUGUCAAAAAUUUCUCGAUACUGAUAAUGUUGAUCUCCACAAAUAUUACGCUUUACUUGUUGGUUUACGUACUGAAUACUUACCAACUAAAGAAAAACUUGCAGCUGGUAAAGAAUUUGAAAAACAUGUUAAAUUAGCAUUGAAAUUAAGCCCCGAUGACGCUUUACUCAAUCACUUACUUGGAAGAUUUCAGUACAGCGUUUCAAAUUUAACUUGGUUUGAAAGAAAAAUUUGCGAAACAUUAUUCGGAGAAGCACCAAAAGCAACCUAUGAAGAGGCAAUAAAACAUUUGGAGCACGCAGAGAAUCAUGUCAAGGUGCCCGAAAUACCCAACAAAUAUUUCUUGGCACAAGCAUAUUUAAAAACAAAGUCCUACGGCAAAGCUAUCGAAUUGCUUAAAGAAUUAAAAGAUCUUCCAGCAUGUGACAGUAAAGAAGAAACGAUGAAAUCCGAAGCUCAUAAUCUUAUAUCAACAUACUCUUCUUACUGUUGAUGUCUACUUUACCUUCUCCUCUUACCCAACUACUUAUAAAUACAAUCUUUUUUAAACAAGUGAUAGUAAAGUUAGCGGACAUCUGACAAUUUUUAAAACUUUUUUAAUAUAAAAUAAAAAUAAAAAAAUGCAUGUUUAGAAAAUUCAAAUUCAGUAAAUGCAUUUUUUUUUAAUUUUAUCCCUGGUGGAAAUUUUUCGGAAUUUUCUCUGAAAAACUCAGUAAAGUUCUAAAGACUUUUUCAGUUUCUCAGAGGAAAGUCCGAAAUAUUUCCAUCCGGGAUUGUCUUAAUUAUUUAAUUUUUUUGUGUAAUUAAAAAAUUGUCAUAUAUCUGCUACAUUUACCCUCAUUUUAAACAAUUCUACUUUAUAAAUAAUAAUGAUAAUAAUUAAAGAUUAAAUUUAUUAAACUACGGCUUUGCGAUACUGUCGCUGAUCAGUAAUUUUACUUAAAUCCACGGGUUAUAUAAUUUUACACAAACUUACUUGUAUAACAAAAAAAAAAUUUAAAUCAUGACCGCGUAAAUGCGCUUUUUAAUUUUAAUAUUCUGACAUUCCUAUUAAAUUUAUUUUUCAUACGUAAUUUUUUGUAUCCAAAGUCCGUAAAUAGAAUUAAAAAUACCAAUUAUUUGUGUAAUAGUUAGUAAUUAAAAUAAUUAUUUUUAAUAGUUUGAUUGUAGUGUAAAUGGUGCUCUGAUGUUUUAUAGAUUCAUAUAUUUUAUUUAUAUAUAAUUGUAAAUUAAUAAUUAAUUAAAAACAAUUGAUAUGAGUAAUCAUGAAGCUGUCAGCUGUAAAGGCAUAAAUUGGUCUAAUUAGUAGUUUUUAAUAAUUUCGCAUUAAUUGUUUAUACAUUUUAAAAAAUAAAUCCAUUGAAUUGUACACGCAGUUCAGUUUAUUUAA